GCAAAUUAAGUGCAUAUUAACUGAGUGCAUAUUAAGUUUCACCUCCUUCGCCGACAAGAGAGCAAAUAAUUAGAGACGUUCAACAACGAAAAGCGCAAGAUACUGAUGAUGACAGCGAUGAUGAUGGAGGAGGCGGAGGAGAACGAGGAGGAGGAGGGGCAGCAGGAAGGAGAGGAGGAGAGGGACAAACAGGAGAUGGAGGGGGAGGAGGACAAGGAGGAGGAAGAGGACGAACAGAUAAAGACAAGUAUCGAUGAGUUAGAAAGGAAGAGAAAGGGAGGAGGAGAUGGAGCAGGAGGCGUAGAGAGGGGGCAGAAGGAGAGGAGAGGCAUCGGGGGAGGACGAGAAGAAGAGGAGGAGGAGGAACAGCUCAAGGAGAGUGACGAUGAGUUAAUGACAACGAUGAUCAGGGAGGCGGCGGAGGAGCGCGAGGGGGAGGGUCCACAGCAAGGGGAGGAGGAGGGGCACAAGGAGGAGCAGAGGCACAACGAUGGAGGAAGAGGAGGAGGAACAGCUAACGAAGAGUCUCGACGAGUUAGAAAGGUGAAGAAAGGGAGGUGAAGGGGCAAAAGGAGAAGGAGGAGAGGGGGAGCAGAACGAGAGGAGCGGCACCGGAGGAGAAGGAGAAGAGGAGAAGAGGAGAAGAGGAACGGCUCAAGGAGAGUGUCGAUGAAGUAGAAAGGAAAAGGAAGAGGGAGGAGGAAGGGGAGGGGCACAGAAGGAGAGGAGAGGCAGCCGAGGAGGGGACGACGACAAAGCUCUAAACGAA